ACAGGCUUUAGGCAGCUUACUUUCGAUUUACUUAUUUAGUUUACUUCUUUGUAAAGACGAAAAGCGGUGAAAAUGAACUCUGCUGUUUUGUGGACAUUGGUGAAUGUUUUGCUCGUGCUUGGUGUGUCUGGUGUUGGUGCAGAUGAAGAGUUGGUGUUUGUGAUGGAGGGAGAUUCAGUCACUCUACACACUAAUAUUGAAGCAAAUCAACAAGGAAAGAUAAGGUGGUAUUUUAGUGACACCCAAGUCGCUGCAAUCAUUGAAGAAAAGAGAGAAAUCUGUACAGAUGAUCAGUGUAGAGAGAGAUUCAGAGACAGACUGAAGCUGGAUCAUCAGACUGGAUCUCUGACCAUCACAAACACCAGAAACACAGACGCUGGAGUUUACAUAGGAAAGGUCAUCAACAGAGGCAGCUUCAGUGACAAGAUAUUCAGUGUUUCAGUACAUGAUGUUCCAGAACGAGACGAAAUGAAGGGAAAGUCAGUGAAGGAGGGAGAAUCGGUUACUUUAGAUCCUGGUGUAGUAAAAAACCUGAAUGGUGUGAUGACGUGGUAUUUUAAUGACAUUCUCAUCACUGAAAUCACUGGAGAUCAGCGUAAGAUCUGUACAGAUGAUCAGUGUAGAGAGAGAUUCAGAGACAGACUGAAGCUGCAUCAUCAGACUGGAUCUCUGACCAUCACACACACCAGAACCACAGACUCUGGAGAUUAUAAACUACAGAUCAGCAGCAGCAGAAUCAGCAUUAGCAGAACAUCAGCUGUAUUGACUGUCAUUGAUUCAGGUCUUUCUCCAGGUGCUAUAGCAGGAAUUGUUGUUGUUGCUGUUGUUCUGUCGCUCAUUGCUGCAGUAGCUGCUGUGUUCCUCUAUGCAAGAAGGAUAAAAUAGUGUCACUGCCAGCGAGGGAGACUGGGAGUGCGAAUUCAUUGGAUGCUACACUGUUGCACGUGUAAACCAGUGCUUGUAAACAUCUUGUGCACAUAAUUUGUGUAUAUACAUCUGCCUUUAGCUAGUCAGCUUAUUGUUUAAUUGUUUCCUUUUUUUCUUCUUUUUUUGGCAAUGCUUUUGUUCCUUUAUGCCGGGUAUACACUACACAAUUUUAUGCCCAAUUUUCACUCACAUCAGUGAAGUUUUGUGGCGAUCGCUGACAAAACCUGAAAUCUGCUGCAAAUAAGUGCAAGCUUAUAUUAAUGAAGUUCACAUGGUCUGAAAUAUCAAAGACGUGAUUUGAGAGAACCAUUGAUGUGUCGCAGAUGCUCAACAAAUAUUUAGCAGCCUAUAGCAGGAUAAAAAUCUGGACCUGUCUGCGAUUCAGUGUCUAGCAGUGCGAAAUGUGUUUGAACUUGUAAUGACAUCGGCGGUGACUUAUAGCCAAUGAGAGAGCAUAAUACAGGGGAAGGGAGAGCUCCAGUCUCACACCAGAGUUCGGCUCACAUAUGAUCUUACAUCAUGUAAUUUCACUUCUCACUCAUGCCUUUUCUGCAUGAGAUGAGGAUUCUUCCUAGUGAAAUAGUGUAAUAUGUUACACCCAGUCACCAACAUGUCAUGUAGUGUAAACCGCAAUAACUUUAAGAUUCCCAAAAACAAUUGCAUACUGUAAAAGAGAUCUGACAACUUUAAAUGUUGUAGUGUAUGGGUGGCAUUAUUCCCUUUUUCUACUUUAAAAAAGAAAAAAA